GAAAUGAAAACAAUAAAAUAAAAUUCAACAAGAUAAAAUUGUAAAAAAUAAUUUGCGAGAUGAAUGCAGUCCUUUUUUAUCUCGUAGAAUUCGUCUGAUUUCCAAUUUGUCUCAGUCCUGGAGUGCCAGAUUCCAUACUCACUGCGACUGACCUUUUGGCCUGUGACUGAUUUUUUUUUAUUCGCCCUUAAAUGUAGAUAGAAACUGAAGUUAAAAAUAUUCGAUGAGUGCCGACUCGUGUUGUUUCUGCUGUGAAGUCGUUCUUCGCGAGCCGUACAUCAAGUGUGUCGAUUGCGUUGCCUCUGUGUGUCCGCGAUGUUUUUCCCGCGGCGCCGAACGCGGGCCUCACCAGAGUUGGCACUCGUACGACGUCCGCACGGACAACAUUCCUGUGCUGGAGGAUGGCUGGUCUCUGCGGGACGAGCGCCGGCUGCUCGACGCGAUGCUGACCUGCGGUUACGGCAACUGGGUCGACAUUUCGCGAAAGCUGAAAAGACCACCAGAGGAAUGCAAGGACCACUAUGACAAAUUCCACCUGCAGACUGAAAACGAAUCAUUCAUUCGUGCACCGCUGCCUCCUCACCUUUUGAAAAUUACGACUGAUCAGCCUCCGAGAAUGAUUGUCCAAGCUUCUGGCACUUACAACUCGCUGAGGUCAGAAAUCUGGCCUGAAUUUGACACUGGUGCUGCCGAAAUUGAUCUUUCGCAGUGUAUCAGCCCUGAAGACUGUGCAGACUGCGACCCUUCAAUGCUGGAAUUGUGUGAAGCCCUUCAAGAGGCCAUGGUCAACAUUUACAACGACCGGCUUCGAGAACGGGCGCGGAAACAUCGUGUGAUCAGGGAGCACGGCUUGGUCAAGCGGUACUACAACUACCAGAAGAGAUACAGCGCCCUCAGCCCUUUCUCCACCAUUCUCAACGGUUACCAGAUGGACUUCCUGAUGGUGGGGCUUUCCAAGGCUGAGGAACUGCGCGUCCGGUUUGUGGAGUUGUGCGAGUUGAGGACACAAGGCAUCAAGACCAGGCGGGCGGCCGAAGUGAUGAAACGACUGGCGGCCCUCAGACAAGAGCAGGCCAAGAACAUGAAGAACUGGGCACCAAUUAAAAUGGACCCAAAGGGCAUUCACAAGAGGGAAAUGCGGCCUCUGCAGGUCACCGGUCUGCCUUUGAGCGAACGGCUGAGUAACGAGGAGCGAGAGUUGUGCGCCCAGGCUAGACUUGUGCCUGAGAGCUUUUUCCAGUUCAAACAGAUUCUGGUCAGUGAGUGCAACAAGCAGCGCGGCCUGAAGUUGGCUCAGGCGAGAAAGGUGAUCAAGAUCGACGUCAAUAAGACCAGAAAGCUGUUUGAUUUUUUAAUCAAUACUGGGGUUAUUUACCCACCACCUGUAGAGGACUGAUUGAAAAUCAGGAAAAAUGUGAUUUGUAAAUAAAUAAAAUAAUAAAAAUUUCACUUUGAAA